AUGGCCAUCACCGCCAGCAUUGCCGCUCCUUACCCUUCCCGCCUCGGCGCGACGACGACGCGUUUGCCUGCGGAGGUGGAUCCUUUGCGGCUCCCGAACCACGUUGCGAUGAUCAUGGACGGGAAUUCGCGGUGGGCGAAGGCGCGAGGGAUCGCCAAGGAGCGCCAGCUGCGAGCAGCGGCGGAGGCGUGCUAUUCCAACGCCCGGGAGAUCGUGAGGGAUGGGAUCCAAUUCCACUGCAUUGGUGACACUGCCAGGCUCCCACGCCCGCUCCAGGCCAAGAUCUCGGAUGCCCAAUCCAUCACCAGCGGCAACACGGGCAUGAAACUCGUCAUGGCGAUUGGCUACGGUGGGCACAGCGAUCUGGUCCAGGCGUGCCAGGCGCUGGCGCGCGAGGUGGAGCAGGGGAAAAUGGCUGUGGAGGAGAUUGACCAGAUCAACCUGGCAAAGAGAUUGAUGCUGGGCGAGCGGUGCGAGGAUGUUGGCGCGCCGGAGCUGCUCGUUCGCACCAGCGGCGAGCAGCGGCUGAGCAAUUUCAUGCUGUGGCAUCUCGCCUACUCGGAGCUCGUGUUUGAGAAGAAGCUAUGGCCGGAUUUUGGAGAAGAGGAGUACAAGAAUGCCCUGGUGGAAUUCCAGGGGCGUAUGAGGACCUUCGGAGUAAGACACUACAGUUAA